UGUCCGAACAAGUGUGGACUGUGGAUUAGCAUUUUUGGCGUGGGGAAUCGGCAUACUUGAGUUGGGCAAAGAUCCAUGGCUUUUUCCCAUAAACUCUCCCCACUUCAAUCCAUUCAUUACCCAACAAUCACCCCAAGAAAGGGCCAAAACAAUCUAACCCAAACCCAGAAAAUCGAUAUGGAAAUUCAAUUCCAGUGGAAACCCAGAGUCCUCUGCCUCCAUGGCUUCAGAACAAGUGCCGAAAUCCUCAGGAAACAGAUCCAGCGCUGGCCCGAACCCGUGCUCCGAAAGCUGGAACUCGUCUUCAUCGACGCGCCUUUUCCGGCUCGUGGCAGAUCCGGUAUUGAGAGCCUCUUCGAUCCUCCCUACUACGAAUGGUACCAAUCUAACGAGGGUUUUACAGAGUACUACAAUUUUGAUGAAUGUCUUGCUUACCUCGAAGAUUAUAUGAUAAAGCAUGGACCUUUUGAUGGUCUGCUCGGUUUUUCCCAGGGAGCAAUUUUGUCAGCGGCAUUUCCCGGGAUGCAAUCAGAGGGAACGGCUCUAACAAGGGUUCCAAUGAUAAAGUUUGUGAUACUAAUAUCAGGGGCUAUGUUUGGGGGAAUCAAAUUUCGGGUACCCAAGCAAGCUGCUAAUGCAUAUUCCUCCCCAAUCAAAUUGCCAUCCCUUCACAUUAUUGGUGAGAGAGACUUCUUGAAGGAACCGGGGAUUGCGUUACUGGAAUCAUUUCAGGACCCCUUUGUAAUUUACCACCCCAAUGGACAUGUGGUUCCAAGACUUGCCCAAUAAGGCAAGAAUAGAAAAGCAGUAGCAUUGGCAGCUUCUUUGCAGUUAUAGCUUUGGACCUUUGGUGGAUUUGAAGUUUUCCAUCCCAAUUGAAACAAAUGACUUCUCCCAAGUCCCAUCUGCUGGCAAAACUGGCUUGUUGGUUGCCUGAAGCUCAUAGACGAACUAGUUCUUUCGACUAAAUUUAUUUUGAUAACCGUGUGUCCAGGCCAACUUAUUGGCAACUAACUCCGAACUCCUUAGUUAACGACCGCACAAACCUCUGGUGGCCCCCAAAAAAAUUCGCUGGCAGUGAAAGUCGAACUUGCGAGCUUGGGAAAGUAAGCCAUUGCUAUCAUGCUCUCGUUCGAUCACCCCAAUUUGGUUCUUUCUGUUAAGGAUGCUCUCCAUUUGCGUUUCAUUCAACUUAGUGAAUGUAUUCAUCAUUAGUGUGCUCAAACAAUCCA